AUGGGAACAAGCGAGAACUUUCUCCAAGGGAUGACGCCCAACACAAGGACAUUGGUGAAUGCUGCAUCAGGAGGGUCCUUAAAAACAAAAACUCCAGAGGAAGCUUUAGAAUUGCUAGAAUCUCUAGCCUCUCAAGAGUACGAUAAUGCUCCAGUACCACAGAGAAGAGCGGGGAUAAUGAAGCUUGAUGGUUGUGAUGCCAUCUUGGCUCAGAAUGAGCAGAUUUUACAAUCCAAUAAGAAACAGCAACAACAGCUAGAUGCUCUCGCAAAACAAUUUUCUGAAUUUCAAGUUUCUUCUGUUAAUACUCCUGCUAUCAUUUGUGAUAUUUGUGCAGUGCAACAGCAACCUCCACAACAAUCAGAAUGGGAAAAGGCCUUUGCACAACUAUCCAAGACCACAUCAGACUACAUUCAAAGUUCCAAUAAUUUCAGAGAGGACACUUCAACCUUUAUGCAAGAGACAAGGGCCUCAUUCCGGAAUCAAGAAGCUUCUAUCCGGAAUCUUGAAACUCAGAUUGGCCAGCUAUCAAAGCAGUUCACUGAAAGAGUUCAAGGAACUUUUCCAGGUAACACUAUUCCAAAUCCAAGUAGGGAACACUGCAAUGCGAUUACUACUAUGAGUGAGAAAGCCAUUGAACCUGUGGAAAAAGAAAAGGAAGUUGCCAAAGAAUUUGCUGCAGAGAAAACUGUUCCUGAAAAGAAAGAGUUCAAAUGGGAGAAAAAGAAAGCUCAAGAAAGGCAAGAAAAGCCAUUGGAGCUCUCACCUUAUGCAAAGAUUCCAUAUCCGCAGAGGUUCAGAGAGGAAAUCAAAAAGCAGCAGUAUUCCAAGUUCCUUGACAUUUUCAAGAAGCUGCAAAUCAAUAUCCCGUUUACUGAAGCCUUGGAGAACAUGCCCAAUUACGCAAAGUUCAUGAAAGAUCUUCUAUCACGAAAGCGUAAGCUACAAGAAUGUGAGACGGUGACGCUGACAGAGGAAUGCAGUGCCAUUAUCCAGAAAAAGUUGCCUCCAAAGCUUAAAGAUCCAGGAAGAUUCAGCAUUCCAUGCAACAUAGGCAAUAUGGAAGUGAAAAAUGUUCUAUGUGAUCUCGGUGCCAGCAUCAACGUGAUGCCACUAUUUAUGAUGAAGAAACUGGGGAUCACUGAAGUAAGGCCAACCAAGACAAUAGUGCAACUGGCUGACCGCUCUACAAAGCAAGCUUAUGGCAUUAUUGAGGACAUACUGGUAAAGGUUGACAAAUUCAUCAUUCCUGUUGAUUUUGUCAUCCUUGAUAUAGAGGAAAAUUCUACUAUUCCUAUGAUCUUCGGAAGACCUUUCUUGGCAACCUUAGGAGCGCUGAUUGAUGUACCGAAAGGCGAGUUGAUCUUACGGGUAGACGGGGAGCAAGCAAUUUUCAAGUUCUUUGAUAAAGAAGUCCCUUCACCUAUAAUUCAACUGCAAGAUCAAGUCUACUAUAUUAACACUACUCAGGAUGCUGAUAGAAAUGAUAUUGCACCCACUACUGAAAUUGAUGAGGAUUGA